UUCACUCAUCUCUCCUUCACUCAAUCAACAACAAUGGAUUCCGAAGUCGCCUUCGACAAAUCUCCGUAUUAUCGAGUCUACAAGAGUGGCCGCAUCGAGCGUCUCUUAGGUGAAACAACCGUCCCACCAUCUCUAACCCCUCAAAACGGCGUCGUGUCCAAAGACGUCGUCUACUCGCCGGAGAGAAACCUCUCCGUCCGCGUCUACCUCCCGUAUAAAGUCUCCUCCGACUUUACCGUUAAAAAGCUCCCAAUCCUCAUCUACUUCCACGGUGGUGGUUUCAUCAUAGAGACAGCUUUUUCUCCGACUUACCAUACUUUCCUCACCUCCGCCGUCGCCGCCGCUAACUGCUUAGCCAUCUCGGUAGAUUACCGCCGUGCACCAGAGUUUCCGAUUCCGGUUCCGUACGAAGACUCAUGGGAUUCUAUCAAAUGGGUUUUCACUCAUAUCACCGGAACCGGACCGGAAACUUGGAUAAACAAACACGGCGAUUUUGAAAAAGUCUUUCUCGCCGGAGAUAGCGCCGGUGGGAACAUAGCUCAUCACCUCACGAUCCGAGCUAAAGAAGAGAGACUUUGUAGUGAUGAUUCUUUAAUAAUCUCAGGGAUGAUCUUGAUUCAUCCAUAUUUUUGGGGGAAGACUCCAAUAGAUGAGUUUGAGGUUAGGGAUGUUAUAAAGAGCCAAAUGAUCGAAGGAAGUUGGCGAAUCGCGAGUCCGAAUAGUAAAGAUGGAGUUGAUGAUCCGCUGAUCAAUGUGGUUGGAUCAGAAGACUCUGUUUUAUCGGAGUUAGGUUGUGGGAAGGUUCUGGUGAUGGUAGCUGGAGAUGAUCAGUUAUAUAGACAAGGUUGGUGUUACGGGGAGAAGCUGAAGAAGAGUGGAUGGGAAGGUGAAGUUGAGGUUAUGGAGACUAAAGAUGAAAACCAUGUUUUCCAUUUGAGGGAUCCUAAGAGUGAUAAUGCUCGUCAAGUUGUGUUGAAACUUGCUGAGUUUAUUAAUAACUAAAAUUGUAAUGUGGUUGCAUUGCAUUGCAUGUUAUUAAUAACUAAAAAUUGUAAUGUGGUUCCAUCUUUUUCGUUAACGA